UUUGUAAUUCGUUUCAUAAUUAUUUUAAUUUGCGUUUGUGUGUAAUUGAAAAGAAAUUAUUAAAUUUGCUUGCUUUUGAAUUCAACGUCAUUAUUGCAUACGAGGAACUAUACGCAGAGGCCGCCUGCCCAAGAUGUCAGGCAACAAUACAGUAAACGUUGCAAUCCGUAUCCGACCUUUAGUUAAAACCGAAACAGAGCGUGGCUGCAAAUUGGCAGUCGAACGAGCAGCCGAUGGAUCGCCCCAAGUUAUUGCCAACCGUUCAGAAACCUUUAAAUUUAAUUAUGUGUUCGACAGCAGCGACACACAGCAAGACAUAUAUGAGGCAUGUGUAAUGCCCAGGCUGAAGCAGCUUCUCGCAGGCUUUAACUUAACAAUUCUGGCAUAUGGGCAGACUGGUUCGGGCAAGACUUACACAAUGGGUACCACAUUCAAUGGGGCUCUGGAUGAGAAUACUGGCGUUAUACCGCGUGCCGUUCAUGACAUAUUUGAGGAGACUGCUUCAAUGUCCACUGACUUCGAUUUUACAGUAAAAUGCUCAUUUGUAGAACUGUAUCAGGAGCAGUUCUAUGACUUGCUUUCUUCCCAAGGCCGCAAAGAGAGCACUGUGGAUAUACGUGAGGAUAAGAGCGGCAUUUAUAUGCCGGGUCUAACGGAGGUGGUCGUGAAUUCCGGUCAGGAAGUCACCGAUCAAUUGAUGCGUGGUUCAUCGGGAAGGGCUGUGGCCUCAACUGCCAUGAAUGAACAGUCGUCGCGAUCUCAUGCCAUCUUCACCGUUUCACUUGUAGCAGUCGGUAAAGGGGAAAAAAAGUCUGUGACCACGUCAAAGUUCACUUUGGUGGAUCUAGCAGGAUCGGAGAGAUGUGAAAAAACACAAGCCAUUGGGGAUCGAUUUAAGGAAGGUGUCAACAUAAAUAAGGGACUCCUGGCAUUGGGCAAUGUCAUCAAUGUCUUGGCCUCGAAUCCAAACGGUUACGUUUCAUUUCGUCAAUCGAAGCUGACUCGUAGACUGCAGGAAUCAUUGGGUGGCAAUUCUAUAACCUUAAUGAUUGCCUGCGUCAGUCCAGCCGAUUACAAUAUUUCAGAAACUUUGAGCACGUUGCGCUAUGCAGAUCGCGCGCUUUGUAUAAAAACGAAGCCAAUUGUUAACAUUGAUCCACAUGCUGCUGAAAUUAACCAUCUGAACGACAUAAUUCAGAAAUUGCGAAUGCAGCUGUUGGCUUGCGGGGGGAUGAGCACCUCCCAGACCAGCGUCACGGAAAGCCUGGAACUGGCGCCUAUGACAAAUGAUAUGGCAUGCAUGGAACAGGUGAAACAGUUGCAGGAGGCGAACGCCAGGCUUGAAAAGAAGAAUCGCGAACUUCAAGCUGAUUUGCAUCAGACUCUAAUUGACUUGGCGGAACGUGAAAUGCGCGCGCAUCUGGCAGAGGGAACACAAGAGAAACUAAAAUCGCGGAUUCACGAACUGAAGGAAAUGCUAAAUAAUUAUAGCAAACUAACACCGCCAGCGGAAGUUGAUGCCAAUGAAAAGGAGGGCCCAGUCCUGAGCAAUAAUGAACAAUGGUUACAGAAAAUGCAAGAGCUAGUGGGUGCUAUGGAUGGGGAGCAGCAGCAAACAGAGAAGGAGCUGGGAAGGUGUAGCAAACAGUUCGGAAUUAAUCAUGGCGAUGGACACAACGAUGAGCCGGAGGUGAUCGAGUUGAUGCAGUCAAAGACGGAGGAGUAUACCACAAAGCAAUUGAAUCUGAACAAUGAGCUACGCGAUAUAAAUAGAGAGCUCGGCUUGAAGCAGGAUCUUCAUCAGCGGAUUUGUAAUAAUUUUAAACAUCUGUACGCUUUGGAUGAUGACAUUGAGGAAAAGUUUAAGGAAUCCGAGGAGAAAAUACAAAAACUCGAGUCGGAACGUAUAGCUCUGCUGGAUCAGUUGCGUAACAAUAAAACGAAGGACAAUGCAGCCAAAUUAGCAGAGGAGAGGCGCAAACGUCUGCAGGCUCUGGAAGCAGAAAUCUCGGAUAUGCGGCGCAAGAUUGUGCAACAGGCAAAAAUGUUGAAAUUGCGCGAGAAUGAGCACCAGAAGAUCAGCAACCUCAGCUCCGAGAUCAAAUCUAUGAAGGAGUCCAAGGUGAAACUGAUACGCAGUAUGCACGCGGAGUCCGAAAAGUUCCGCCAAUGGAAAUUGGUGCGUGAGAAGGAGCUGACACAGUUGAAGAGCAAGGAUCGUAAAAUGCAGGUGGAAAUGACGCGCCAGAAGACACAGCAUUCAAAGGAACGUCAAGUGCUUAAACGCAAGUUUGAAGGGGCGAUGGCCAUUAAUAAGAGACUGAAGGAAGCUUUGGAACGACAGAGUGCUGCGCAACGCCAACGUCAUGCCAAGGGUCAGGCAGGGGGCAAAACAGAUGCCUGGGUGGAUCACGAACUGGAUGUAAUACUCUCUCUGGUCGAUGCCGAGCAUAGUCUCGAACAGUUGCUGGAGGAUCGCGCCUGUGUAAAUGCGCGCAUAACCGAUCUGAAGAAGCAGGAGAAAAAUGGCAAAUCGCCCACGACCUUCAAUAAAGAACUGUCCAGUCUUGAGGAGGAGCUCGAAAUGCGCAGUGCACAGAUAGCUGAUCUUCAGCAAAAGAUGUGUGUAAACGAUUUAGAGACACGCAUGCGUGGGCUAAGCGAUAGCGUUCAGAAUAUUGCCGAGCUACGUACAGUUAGCAAACAUAUUCUGCAGUCGCUCGUCCAGUUGCGGCGCCAGUUAGCUCAGAGUACGCUUGAAAAGGCGCACAUUUCGGUAGAACAAAACCUGGCGCUGGAAGAGCAGCGUACCCAGCUUAAUGAAGUUAUGGCCAAAAACUUGCGGCUGGCCGAAUGCAAGUACAAGGAGAUGCUAGCCGAACAACAGCGCUCUUAUGAGGAGAAGGUCACCGUCCUAUUGAGAUCUCAACACAAUCAAAUUGUGCAGUCCGGUGACAUUGAGCGUAACCAGAUAGUGGAGGAGCAUUUGCUCAAAAUGAGCACACUGCAGGAGGAGCUCAAUACCUAUAAAGAGCUGCUGGCGGCCAGAUCAAAGCCGAAGAAACCCGUGACUAACGGCAAUAACGUGGAAAUCGUGGACCAUCUAUCUGAUGACUCUGAAACGGACUGUUUGGACACGGACGAUCCGGAGUGGGUGCCUGCAAAGAGGAAACGAAACUCUAAAGCUCAGAACUCGAUGAACAAUGGCGAACUUUCCAUUAGCAAUGCCUCGACUUCAUCAAAUCAAAACAUAUCCGGUUCAAAUACGACAAGUACGUCCAGUCUAAACGGGCCCAAGUGCAAGUGUCGCAACAAGUGUCAUACAAAACGUUGCGGAUGCUACGCGAAUAACAGAGAAUGUGGGCUCAGAUGUGCUUGCAAAGGGUUCUGCAAAAAUCCCAAUCGGGAUGACGAUGGUUCCCAUGAAAAUGAUGAUAAUAUUGAGAACGCCGAGCCAACAUUGACACCACCGGUGGAACCAUUGGAAAACUUGGAACAUAGUAGUGAAUCGACACCCACAAAGACUGAGCCCAAAUCUUUAACGUUAAUAAGGCCGGAAAUUUCCAGACUGUCCGAAUUAACAUUUUACACGCCUUCAUCAAAAAAUAAAUUCCUUUGAAAUGCUGAAGACAUUUAAAGCAUUGGAUUUAAUUGUUUGUUCUCAUUAGAAACACAUCUAGAUU